AUGGUAACAGUUAAUGAAGGAGUUUUAGAAAAUUUACCUUAUAUCGAUAUCCCAAUAUCGGGCAUUGAAAGGGAUAAUGUUGAAAGACUUGUAAGGAUAGAAUUAGAGAAUAAUGACACAAGAAAUGAUAUGCAUCCUAUGGUAGAUGAAUUGGUCACAAUCCCAACACAAACAUUUGAGCAACAGCAUGAAUUUCAACCAUUUCAGCAACAAACACAUCAAUUGAGUCAUCAAGGCGAUGGCCAAGAGCGGAGUGAGAAGGAAAGAUAUGAGGUUGAAGACGAUGAAGGCAUAGACAUGUCAAGAUAUGAUGACAGUUUGGAGGCCUUGUAUUAUGCCAAUAACCACUAUCGAAGCCUAACUAUGAUUUUAAAUAAUCAGAAUAAUUUUACUCAACAUCAAGAACUCAUAGAUAAUGUCGAACAUGAUUUAAAUGACAAUAUAGAGAAGAAACGAAAGAUGAUCGAUGAUAUAAAUAUGAUGAGAAAUAAAAGACAAACGAUAGAUUUCAAACCUAUCAACGAUUAUCUCAGUGAUAGAUGGAAAGACGGAAUUAAAUCUAUAGUCGAUUUAAGCGUUGAAGCAAGUAAGAGUUCUUAA